AUGUCGUCCUCGGCCGGCGGCUUCCUGGGCCGGUCGAGCACCAGCAACUCCAACAUGCGCGGCCUGGUGCAGUUCAUUGCCGACCUGCGGAAUGCCCGGGCCCGCGAGCUGGAGGAGAAGCGCAUCAACAAGGAGCUGGCCAACAUCCGGCAGAAGUUCAAAGAUGGCAAUCUCAACGGAUACCACAAGAAGAAAUACGUGUGCAAGCUUCUCUACAUUUACAUACUUGGCUGGAACGUCGACUUUGGCCACCUCGAGGCCGUCAAUCUGAUCUCGGCCAACAAGUAUUCGGAAAAGCAGAUUGGCUACCUGGCCAUGACGCUCUUCCUGCACGAGAAGCACGAGCUGCUCCACCUGGUGGUCAACAGCAUACGCAAAGAUUUGCUCGACCACAACGAGCUGUUCAACUGCCUGGCCCUGCAUGCCAUUGCCAACAUUGGCAGCCGUGAGAUGGGCGAGGCCCUGAGCGGGGAGGUGCACCGGCUUCUGAUCUCGCCAACGUCCAAAUCGUUUGUCAAGAAAAAGGCAGCACUCACUCUGCUGCGGCUGUACCGCAAGUUUCCCGACGUGAUGCAGCCGCAAUGGACGGAACGAAUCAUCUCGUUGCUGGACGACGUGGACCUCGGGGUGGCGCUGUCGGUGACGUCGCUGGUGAUGGCGCUGGCGCAGGACAACCAGGAGCAGUACAAGGGGGCGUACGUCAAGGGGGCCGCGCGACUGAAGCGGAUCGUAGUGGACGGCGAGUACACGGUGGACUACCUUUACUACAAGGUGCCGUGCCCGUGGAUCCAGAUCAAGUUGCUGCGGCUGCUGCAGUACUUCCCGCCGUCGGAGGACAGCCACGUGCGAGAGAUGAUCCGGGAGUCGCUGCAGAAGAUCCUCAAUCAGGCGAUGGAGACGAACAAGAACGUGCAGCAGAACAACGCACAGAACGCGGUUCUGUUCGAGGCGAUCAACCUGAUCAUCCACCUGGACACGGAGCAGGCGCUGAUGCAGCAGAUCUCGACGCGGCUAGGCAAGUUCAUCCAGUCACGCGAGACGAACGUGCGGUACCUCGGACUGGAGGCGAUGACGCACCUGGCGGCGCGGACAGACACGCUGGACCCGAUCAAGCAGCACCAGGACAUCAUCGUGGGCUCGCUGCGGGACCGAGACAUCAGCGUGCGGCGCAAGGGCCUAGACCUGCUGUACAGCAUGUGCGACGGGACAAACGCACAGCAGAUCGUGGGCGAGCUGCUGCACUACCUGCAGAACGCGGACUUUGCGAUCCGCGAGGAGAUGGUGCUGAAGAUUGCGAUCCUGACGGAGAAGUACGCGGCCGACGUGCAGUGGUACGUGGACAUUACGCUGCGGCUGAUCGCGAUGGCAGGCGACCAUGUGAGCGACGAGGUGUGGCAGCGGGUGACGCAGAUUGUGACGAACAACGAGGAGCUGCAGGUGUACGCAGCCAAGAACAGCCUGAUGUACGUGAAGCAGGACCACUGCCACGAGACGCUGGUGCGUAUUGGGGCGUACAUCCUGGGGGAGUUUGGGCACCUGAUCGCGGAGGAGCGAGGGUGUAGUCCGAUCGAGCAGUUCCUGGCGCUGCACGGCAAAGUGCCGGCAUGUUCGGCGGGCACGCGGGCGAUGAUCUUGUCGUGCUUUGUCAAGUUUGUGAACCUGUUUCCGGAGAUCAAGCCGCAGCUGGUGCAGGUGUUUGAGGUGUUCAGCCACGCGCUGGACUCGGAGCUGCAGCAGCGGGCGUGCGAGUACCUGGCACUGGUCAACCGGCAGACAGACGAUCUGCUGCGGACGGUGCUGGACGAGAUGCCACCGUUCCCAGAGCGGCAGUCGGCGCUGCUGUCGCGGCUGCACCAGAAGCACGCGAACACGAGCGACAAGCGGACAUGGGUGUUGGGCGGUAAGGACGCCAACACGGACUCUACCGAGCUGGGCAUGGUCAAGAACCCGGGUCUGAAGCGGGCCUUUAGCGUGAACGAGCAGGGCGGAAACGGGGGCAGCUUGAGCAGCAAUGGGACGGGCAACGGGACCAGCAACGGAAACGCGACAGCGAGCAGCGGAAACGGAGCUGGAAGCGGCAACAGCAACGGCAACAGCACGCAGCAACAGCAGCACAAGGCAGCUCACGACCUGAUGGGCAUCGACAUGCAGGCGAUGCCAAUAACAGCGGCCAAGGUGCCGAACCUGGCGAGUGCGGCACACCUGUCGCCGGGCUGGGAGCGAGGCUACAACCGGCUGCUGCUGCGAGCAGACGGCAUCCUGUUUGAAGACGGCCAGCUGCAGGUGGGCGUGCGGUCGGAGUACCGGGGCCAGAUGGCGUGUCUGAUCCUGUACUUCAGCAACAAGACGCCGGCGACGGUGACGUCUUUCACGACGACGCUGGACCUGGACGCGAGCGAGAAGGGGCGGCUGACGUGGGAUGUCAAGACGAUGGCAGACGCCAGCAUCGGAUCCUCGGCGCAGACGCAACAGGUCGUCAUGUUUGAGGCGCGACGAGUGUUUGAGAAGAGUCCGACGAUCCGGAUCAGCUACCUGGCCGGCGCGCUGCAGGCGAUCACGCUGAAGCUGCCACUGACGGCGCACAAGUUCAUGGACCCGACGCAACUGACCGGCGACGACUUCUUCAAGCGGUGGAAGCAGAUCGGCGGCGCGCCUCGGGAGGCCCAGCAGAUCUUUGGGCUGGAGGGUGGUGGUGGCGGCGGCCAGCGCGAGCUGACCGCGUCCUUUAUCCGAAAGACGCUCGAGGGCUUCCGCUGGGGACUGCUGGACAAUGUCGACCCGAACCAGAAGAACUUUGUGGGCGCCAGCGUGGUGCACACAUCCGAAGGCGGCAAGUUUGGUUGUCUGAUGCGGCUGGAGCCAAACUACACGACGCAGAUGAUCCGCUUCACCAUCCGGGCCACCGACGAGUCUGUGCCACCGGUGAUGCUCAAGCUGAUGCAGAGCCGGCUGGCCCAAGGUGUAUCGCCCUAUACAGAGUCGGCACGCCAGCCGACCCAGCGAGACAUCUCCGACAUGUUUGGCAACGUCCUGGUGUCGCCCGACGACAGCCGCUAG